AUGUCCGAAGUCCAGAAGACCGUUGAGGAGACCCCCGUCGUCCCUGCCGUGGAGACUGCUGUUGAGACUCCGGCCGAGACCGUUGAGGCCCCUAAGGAGACCACCGAGGAGCCCACUGCCACCCCCGUCGUUGAGAGCACCGAGGCUGCUGAGCCUGCUAAGGAGGAGGUGAAGCCCGCUACUGAUGGUGUUCUGGGCUACAAGGCCCCCGGUCUGGUCAAGGGCUUCCGCUUCGCCAAGCGCUUCUUCUACUUCAGCGAGGAGGCUGUCGAGAGCAAGAAUCUUUCCGUCUUCCACCAGAAUGAGAAGGCCGCCGUCGCCAACCCUACCGCUGCCUGGGCUACCCAGACCGGCAAGGGUCUGCUUUUCUUCACCAAGCGCGCCGAGGACAAGGCCACCCCCGCUGGCAUCUUGAACCUCGCCGAUGUCUCUGACGUGACCAAGGAGGGUACUAGCGAGUUCCUCUUCAAGAUUGCUGGUCACAAGCACACCUUCCAGGCCUCCAGCGCCGCUGAGCGUGAUAGCUGGGUUGUCGCCAUCGAGGCUAAAGCCACCGAGGCCAAGGCUGAGAAGGAGACCAUCACCUCCAGCGAGGGCUACAAGGCUGAGCUCGAGAAGCUGACCAAGCCCGCCGUUGUCGUCGCCGCUAAGAAGUCUGAGGAGAAGAAGGAGGAGACCCCCGUCGUCGCUGCCGAGGCCGCUCAGGAGGAGCCCAAGGAGGAAAAGAAGGAGGAGAAAACCGCCUCAAAGAGCCGUUCCCAGUCCCGCAAGCGCACCAGCAUCUUCGGUUCCCUCCUAGGCAAGAAGGACGCCGAGGACAAGAAGGAGGAGGCCCCCGCUGCUGAGGAGACCAAGGCUGCCGAGCCUACUGCUGAGCCAGCCGUUGAGGCUACUGCCCCUGUUGCUGCCGAGACCACUGAGCCUGCUGCCCCCACUGAGGUUGUGGAGCCUGCUGCCGAGACCUCUGCGGAGACCACCGAAGCCGCCAAGGAGGAGGCCAAGGAUGAGAAGAAGACCGAGAAGAAGGCCAAGCGUGCUUCCAUCUUCGGUAACUUCUUCCAGAAGGUCGCCAGCCCCUCCCAGGAGAAGUCCGAGAAGGAGGCCACUGCUCCCGCCGCCGAGGAGACCCCCGUUGCCAGCACUGCUCCUCAGCUCGAGAACCCUGUCGAUGAGGCCGCUGCUAAGCCCAUCGAAGCUGAGGCUGUCACUGCCCCCGCUGAGGCUGUGGAGACCCCCACUGCUGAGACCCCCGCUGCCGAGGCCGUCUCCACUCCCAAGGAGAAGCGCCGCACUUCGUUCUUCGGCAACCUUGGCAUGAAGAAGGAGAAGAAGGCUGACUCCUCUGACAACGAGGUCACUGAUGGUGAGGCCAAGGACACCAAGGCUAAGUCUAACAAGCUCGGUGGCCUUUUCCGCAAGCCCAGCAAGGCUGUCAAGCUCGACAAGGAGGAGGUUGCCGCCGCUGAGACCGAGGCCAAGGCUGAUGCCGCCGAGGAGGCCCCUGCUGUCCCUGUCAAGGAGACCUCCACUGAGGAGGCACCCGCUGUCGUUGAGGAGACUCCCAAGGCCGUUGAGACCACCCAGGACUCUAAGAACGUCAACGUUGCCGUCGCCACCCCCGUUCAGGCUACCGCAUGA